CAUUUUAACUGUUUGCAAAUACUCAACAAUGGCCUUCUGCGGCGACAGCUGUAAGAAAGCGCUCGCAUUUGGCAUCGCCAUCCUGUUUAUAAUUUUUGGCCUGUUGCUGGUCAUUGGAUGGGACUCUGCGAUCCACACAAUUACACAUAAUGAACUCACAAUACAAAAGGGGUCACAGGGUUUUGAUAAUUGGGUGGUCACUCCAAUACCAAUGUUUUUAACAUUUCACCUGUACAACUGGACAAAUGCAGAUGAAGUAGUGAAAGACUGGAGAAUAAAGCCUAUUGUGCAGGAAGUGGGACCAUAUGUCUUCUCAGAGAAACACUACAGAGUUAAUCUACAGUGGAAUGAUAAUGACACCAUCACAUAUCAGACCAAAAGAGUGUGGCAUUUUAUUCCCGAAAAGUCUAAUGGAACACUUGCCGAUAAGGUUACUACGGUUAAUGUGAUAGCUGCAACUGUGGCAAACAUGGUAAAAAAUAGAUACAUAUUCAUCAGACAAGCUGUUAACUUCUUUCUGGAGGAGAAGGAGAGAUCUAUGAUUUUAACCAAAAAUGUUUCUGAAUGGUUAUUUGAUGGCUAUGAAGAUGAACUGCUUACUUUAGCUAAAGACCUCAAACUAAAUAUUGAUAUGGACAAAUUUGGAUGGUUUUAUAAUCGAAAUAACUCAGAAACUUAUGAUGGCAAUGUAACAAUGUAUACAGGCAAGAAUGAUCUGGAAUUAUUGGGUUUGUUUGAAGAGUGGAAUGGCAGACCAUACACUUCUGCUUACAGUAGUUAUUGUGGGUUUGUAAAUGGCACCAGUGGAGAAUUAUGGCCUCCAGUGGAAAAAUACAACAAGGUUUCAUUAUUUGCAUCAGACUUGUGCAGUUCUAUUACAGUAUUCCACAGCAAUAAAACAAGAUUUUAUCGAGGCAUCGAGGGUAAAGAGUUCAUCGGAACCGAUUUCCUCUUUGAUAACGGCACUAAAUAUCCUGAGCAAGAAUGUUUCCGAGGUGACAAAAUACACCCAAGUGGAGUUCGCGACGUGUCCAAAUGCAAACAAGGAGCGCCAGCUUUUAUUUCAUAUCCACACUUUUACUUGGGCGAUGAAAGUUACAGAAAAGGCGUUGUUGGUAUGCGACCAAACGAAGCAAAGCAUAAAUUUGAAAUUAAUUUGGAACCGAAGACCGGUGUGCCUUUAAGUGUAAACGCUCGACUUCAAUUGAACAUUUUAAUAGCACCAAUUCCAGGAAUCACUAUGUUUAAUGUAAAGGAAACAAUGUUGCCAGUAUUAUGGUUUGAACAGUCGGCGGAUUUGAGUGAUGAAUUGGCUGGUACAGUUAAAACCCUAUUGAUAUUGCCUGCAAUUGGACAAUUUACCGGAAUUGGAUUGUUAGCUGUGGGUACGCUGAUUGCAUGCAUUGCAAUUUAUAUCAGUUUCAAGUCUGCUUGGAGAGACAACGAGCAGACGCAACUCUUGCCGGAUCGUAUGUGAUCAUCUGUGAUUCAAACUAGAUACUUGUUACAAAGAGUCUCAAUAUGCUCAUCUUUUUCUAGCUUCAAUAGAUACUUAAGAAUACGUAAUAUACGCACUUUCGGUAUGGCUGUGUCUUCGACAAAAACUAUGAAACUAUUUGGUCUUAGCAUAUUUUAAAAUUAAAUUUUAUCUGCACUAGAGGUCAGAGUACUUUGUUUUAUAUAUUUUUAUAUUUGAUUGUUAUAGUUACCAGCUUCUAAAAGCUAAACAGGUCUAAUCCUAACACCAAAGUGCAAUUUAAAUCUGUGAAAAUUUAAAUGAUGUAUAAACUCUCUAGUAAUAAACCAAUGUAAAAACGUACUCACACUUCUGUAAAUAGUUUAAUGAAAUAUGAUGGUUUUGAAUGCA